AUGCAGCGUCCUGUACAGAACGAACAAUACCUUAAUGUACAAUCAGCAGGUGUGCCAACUAAGAAUUUUCACACCUCGAGUGAAAUUAUCCGUCAAACCCUUGUCGAUACGACAAAUGAUGAUAUCAACUCCAUAAAGAAUUUGAAAGGCCCAAGAAACCCAGUUAGCCCUAGCGUUUCAAAUGUUGGCUUCCAAUCUAUAUUCCAAACUGUAGAUCAUCCACGAUCCAAGUCGAAUGUGGCCUCAAAUCAUUCCCUAAAUAGUAAUGAUGAAGCCUCAGCCAUCAUAUCCAGAUCGAAGUCCUCUAGAAUCGGAGAUAUCCAAAGUAUUCACACAAUUGAAUACCCGAACGAUCUAUCUAAAAAGUUAUCGUCUGAUGCAAUAUCUAUCACUCAGAAGAGUUUACACUCAACGCCAUCCGGAAGCUAUAUAAAAAGAAAGGCUUCUGGGUUUUUGAAUAGAAGAAAUAGGGCACAUACGACCAUCUCAUCAGAUCCUGCCUCAUUUCUGACAGAUUCUAGCACUUUGCAUAGUAGUUCACAUUCAUUUCGCAAUGUAAUUAAGAACUUCUUCCAAAACAAAAGUCACAGACACAUUGGUCAAGAUACUAUAGAGCCGGCAAUUCCGAACUCUCUAAGUAAAUUUUUGCACUCCUCUUAUGGGAGACAUAAAUCUCCUUCGCAGUUUAUCCAUACUAAUGCGGGUCAGCUUGUGGACUCAGGAACCUCCGUCUAUUCGUUAAAUGUGAAUCCAUCUGGUGCCAAUUCCAGCCUCACCAUUGAGGAUCCGUUUUCUGGAGUAGAUUCUACUUCACCAAAUCCUGUCUCAAUGUUGCACGAUCUCCUGAGGAAUUUAUCAUCUUUGGAAGCCAAUUAUAAACAUUUCAACUCUCAAGAAUUGACAACACUAACAAAUAACAUCUGGAACAUCUUUUGCAGCAAUGUAGCAGAAUUAUUCAGGACUCAAAGAAUAUGGAAACUCAGGGCUAAAAUAGAGAAUUUUAAUGAAGUUUUGGAGUUUUAUUGUAUUUUAAAAACUGAUUCAAGGGUUUCCAAUGGUGGCAUGGGUAGAAUUAUUAGCGAUUUGAAAGAGUUUCUAGUGAGCUCUUUAUACAGCUUAGAAAAUCAAAUCGUUUUCAAUUACUCCAAUGAAGACACAAUAAAUAAUGCAUUGAAACGGCUAGGCGUUAUAUGGCGAAUAUUUUAUCAAGAGGUGUAUUACGAUUUAGCGGCUGUGUUGUUACCGUUGGAUCAAAGUAUCAGAGAUGGUGGUGAUUCCACAGUAUUGAAGUCAGGCAAUGAAGGUCGAAGCCAUAGGGUUGGUUCUUAUUCCAUUGGAUUUCUUUUACUAAAGUGUUUCAGAGACUCAAUAGUUUUACCCUGUUAUGAAAACUUCGUGAAUAGUAAUGAUGGUAUAAGCAAAAGUUUCCAACUUUACAUUUUCAGCCAAGAGGAAGAAAACAAUCUUACAGAAACGGAUAAACUGACAUUGCUACAGUGUUUUGGCAUACUAAGCACUAUUCAAAGUGGUGAUAGGAAUCAACUAAUCAUUGAUGAGUUACUGACAGGCAUUAGAAUGAGUAUAUAA